CCCCACACCAUUUUCCAACCGAGCCUCAACGUGAAGAUCAAAGCGAGGAUCAAAGCAAUCAAAUGAAGGACCAUAGCGACAAUGAGGAGUUCUAUGGAGAUCGCCUUUUCAGAUACGUAUUCGACCAAGGGCAACAAGAACCCCGUUUUCUCAUAUUCCGAGGCCUCCAACUAAUGAAUAUCUUCAACAUGCAGAAUGACUUGGCCAGGCUAAUAAAACACGACUAUGACAACAAAGACCGCAGAACCCCAGCAGAUACUCUCGGGCCAUAUCAUCGUGAUACUCAUUGUCCACUAACACACCGCCCCAUUGCAAAUGCAAUCCGCGAUUAUGAAUACUUGACCCGCCUGACCCCCAUCACCGGCCCUCAAGCCCGACGUGGUCGUCUCGACCUAGAACGCGCUCCGGCUAUCGUCAUUUCGCCGACCCCUCCCACCGAUAACCUUUGCGAAGUUCUAAAGCGCCAUCUCCCUUUCUCAAUGACCAACGUAAACCACGACUACCAGAACCGUACAAAGAAAUAUUUCAAUAACGAGCCUCCUGAACAGGUAUCUCCGAUGGUGGAUCUAGCCAGGUUUUUGGUAGUAUUCUUGGGGGGAUCAAUGCUGGUCGUGCCGAUGCUGGUUAUGCGGCUGCCAGAGGUUACGGUUGUAAAGAGCUUAGUGACGGUGAGUAUUUCGGUUUUUGCAAUUGCGGGUGCCUUGUCUAUUUUCUCCAAGGCAAGUUAUACUGAGACAAUGGUUGCAACGUAUGCGGCGGUAUUGGUGGUCUUUGUCGGGGUUUCGGACUAA